AUGAGUCCUUGCAGUGAAGCGGAGAGGAUGGAGAAGUCUCGAGUACCGUAUGCAUCGAUGGUGGACAACCUUAUAAUUGCUAUGAUGUGUAUAAGACCAAACAUUGCACAAGCAGUGGGAGUGAUGGACCUAAACCAUUUAUCACUUGCAAUUAAUAAAUUCCAUGGUUCCAUUCCCAAAGAAAUUGUGAUUAUGAGGAACCUGGAGAAUCUAUAUCUUUUUCAAAGUGGCCUUUCUGGCACCAUUCCCCAAGAAAUUGACACGUUGGGGAAACUAAUACAUCUCGACAUGAGUAGUUGUAAUCUUACUGGGUUCUUACCUAUUUCAAUUGGACCUUUGACCAAUCUAUCACUUCUCAACUUACAUGACAAUCAACUUUCUGGUCAUAUUCCUAGUGAAAUUGGUAAGUUGAUCAACCUCAAGAUUCUAUAUCUUCAAAGUAAUAAUCUCUCUGACUCUAUUCCUCGUGAAAUUGGAUAUUUGAGCAAUCUAAAUAAACUUUACCUUAAAGGAAACCAAUUGUCAGGUUUUAUUCCUCAUGAAAUUGGAUUUUUGAGAAAACUCAGUGAACUUGAUUUGACUGAGAAUUUUCUCUCUGGUAAAAUCCCUUCCACAAUAGGAAACUUGAGCAAUCUAAAUUAUCUUUACCUUUAUGGCAACAAAUUAUCUGGCAUUAUCCCGGAUGAAAUAGGAAAUUUGCAUUCCCUUCUAACAAUCCAGUUGCUGGGCAAUAAUCUCUCUGGACCAAUCCCUACUUCCAUAGGUAACCUGGUCAAUUUGGAAUCCGUUUUACUUUAUCAAAACAAUCUUUCUGGAUCCAUUCCUUCCACUAUUGGAAAUUUGUCGAAGCUUCGUGAAUUAUCUUUAUUUGUCAAUAAUCUCAGUGGCAAGAUUCCAAUAGAAAUGAACAAGAUUAUUGCUUUGGAAAAUUUGCAUCUAGCUCAUAAUAAUUUUGUUGGCCAUUUACCUCAUAACAUUUGUGUUGGUGGAAAGUUGGCAAAAUUUUCCACUAGCAAUAACCAUUUCACUAGCCAUAUUCCAGAGAGUUUGAAGAAUUGCUCUAGCCUUAUACGAGUGAGACUUGAGGAAAAUCAACUAACUGGAAACAUAACAGAUGCUUUUGGUGUACUUCCAAACUUGGAUUACAUCGAAUUGAGUGAAAACAAUUUUUAUGGUCAUCUUUCACCAAAUUGGGGGAAGUUCCGUAGCCUCACAAGCCUCAAGAUCUCUAAUAAUAACUUAUCAGGUGUUAUCCCACCAGAGCUAGGCAGGGCAAUCAAAUUACAAGCACUUCAUUUAUCCUCAAAUCAUCUUACAGGAAAUAUUCCACGAUAUUUAUGUAAUUUGGUCUUGUUGUAUGAUCUAUCCCUCAACAACAAUAAUCUUUCAGGAAAUAUUCCCAUAGAAAUUAUAUCAAUGAAGAAUCUUCAAAUUUUGAGUCUUGGAUCUAAUAAUUUGUCUGGCUCAAUUCCAAUCCAACUUGGAAAUUUAUUCAAUUUAUGGAACAUGAAUUUGAGCCUGAAUAAAUUUGAGGGAAAUAUUCCCUUAGAGCUUGCCAAAUUAUAUCUUACAACUCUUGAUCUUUGUGAAAAUUGGUUGAGGGGAAGAUUAACACAUGUGCUUGGAGGAUUAAAAAAAUUAGAAACAUUGAAUCUCUCUCACAAUAGUCUCUCAUGUGAUCUUUCUAGCUUUGAUGAUCUGAAGAGCUUGACAUCUAUUGAUAUAUCUUACAAUGAGUUUGUUCCAGUGUUUCGCAAUGCUACAAUGGAAGCAGUAAGAAAUAAUAAAGGCUUGUGUGGCAAUGUUAGUGGCUUAACGUUGAUGUGUUUGGAGACAAUGUUGAUAAGGAUAACGUUGAUGGUAUAG